CUGAUCUGAGCCACGUGAUCAGAGUCAUGCGGAAGCGGCUGGUUGCCUAGGAGACCGGGGGAAAAGGCGCGAAAAGAGCUUUGCGGAGAAGGACUGAGGAAUGGAAGAAGCCAUGGAUUCCUCUCAACCAGGUGUUACACAGAUUCAGGAAAUACUGCUGGCCAUGCAGAAGAAUUUGGAAUGCCCAAUAUGCCUGGAGAUAAUGAAAGCACCAGUUUCAGCGCAUUGUGCCCACGUUUUUUGCAGGUUCUGCAUACUGAAGCUUCUCGAACAAAAUAAAGGUGCAACCAAGUGUCCGCUCUGCAAUGGAAACAUCUCCAAAAAAACUCUACAGGAAGAUGUCCGGUUUAAACUCGUCAUCAAAGGUGUGAUGGAAGCCAUUGGUGCUUUGGAGCGCGAUACCGGAUUCAGUUCCGCAGGGGAUCAUCAGAAAAUGGUGGAAACUGCUUCUGCUACAGCCUUGCAGGAAAAACAGACCACCGUCGAAAGUAAAGGCUACAGAGGCAGACAGAACGGAGAGGAGAAGGCAGAAAAGAGAAACAGCGCCUUGCAGUGCAGAAACUCCCAUUCGCCAGCUCCCAACAGAACGGCCACAAGGUGCUCCUUGAGAAAGAAAAGCAAUUCCAGUAAAACUGUCUGCUUUGAAAUAGGGUCAGACUCAUCAGAAGAUCACUUUCAGAAGAUAGGCACGGUCCGGCGUGUGGGUCUGAGAAGCGGUUCUUGGUCUCCGAAUGGUGAAAGACAUUCUCAGAAGCCAAGCCAUAGCCCACGUCAUGCACAGUUUCAGGAGCCAAAUGGGGAAGAUGUGGUUCUGUUGGGCACCCCAGAUGUGCUUGACUUGUCCGAGGCAGCACUGGGCCGCCCAGAAGGCCUGCGAGCCAGCACAAGAAGCGGGGGUGCCCUUAAAGAAGAUGAGGCCAUGGAGGAGAGGCAAGACUUGUCUCUUCCAGUUCCCUGCCUGGGAAGGCACAGAGUCUCCAGCUCCACUCAGGAGGGCGUCCCUUGUUCUUUACCCAGCGUGGAAAGAUCUCACCUGGCCAACGAAGCCGCAGAUCCCUCCCCAAAUAAACAAGUAGGUAACAAGGUGGAAAUGGUUGAUAUGCUGCAGCCGGCUGGAAGUGCACAAGUUUGUGACCUUGUGCGUGAAGAUGAGGAAGAGCUGCCCCCUGCCUUCCCAAGAAGUCCUCUGAGUCCGCUCUCUGGGGCGGCUCUGAUCCAGAGCAUCCAGAAAGUCAACGAGUGGUUUUCAAAGAGCAAGAUCCUCUCUCCCGCCCCUUUGCAAGAGGUUAAUGCUGGGGAGGGGGAUUCAGAUCUGAAGCCACACCUGUCAGGUGUGGACACUCAUCUCUUCCGAAAGACUGAACUGAGGGAAGACCAGUGGGAGGGGGCAGCAGGGUGGAGGGCUGGCAGGCCUUGCCCCAAACUGGUUGCCUCCAGAAUGGUGGAUAAAAUAUUUGGAAGAAGGUACGUGAGGACACGCAAGUCCAACCCCAUUUGCAGUGAGAGGGAAACAAUCCACAUCCCAUCUAAGGAAAACUUCACUGCUGUGAAUACUCAAUCCUCUGAUGCCCCCGUAAGAAAAAUCCCCGCACAAAACAAGCCCACCCCGGACCUCACCUCUGAGUAUGUCACGAAAGAGCAAACCGCGACGGAGGACAGUGAGGGGGCUGGUGGUCACGCAAGUGCUGUUUUGGAAGAAGAUGGCCCUGGUCACGCUGCGGUGGGUGGAACUCCUGAGGGAGCGCAAAGGCCAGCAGAGCAUCCGGAGAAGAAAGGGGCAUCAGGCUGUGAAGUGGAUGCUUCUCCUGUACGCUGUCAUUCGUGCAACAUGCAAAAUCUGAAGAAGGCGAGGCCCUCUUUGAGGCGGAGAAGCCGGCAACCAGGCAGGCCAGCUGGUGCUCUGCAGUUAGCCGUGCAAGAAAGCUCCGGGCCACCUGAGAAGGCCGAGGCGCAAGACGAUGGCCCCCCAAGCAGUGAGGAGCCACAGGAAAACGGCACAGGCCAGACGCCCGUUAGGCGUAGCAAGAGGCUUCUGUCGCGGGCGGAAGAAGAGCACGGGGGGAGCGAGCCAGCAAAGAAGCGAAGGAAGCAGCUGCAUGAGGCAGAGAAGGAGCAAGGAAAGGCCCAAGUGGGAAGCGGGGCUCCCUUGAUAGCAGAAGGCGGACCAGGUGUGUUGCGGGUGGGCCUGGCAGCGGGUGCCCGUAAAGUUUGUGGUGCCUCUCCUGAUGGAAAGAGUUUCCUGAGUGCUGGAUGCCCCACAGAGAGAGACCGUCCUUGUCCUGUUGUCCCUGGUGCCGUUUCCCCAGGCAGUCAUCUUGCGAAGGAGGAACAAAACCACCCAAAAGCCGAGGGGUUGGCAGCAGUGCCUCAAGCCGAGCAGAGUGCUGCAUGUGCCCCUGAGAGACACAGGGUUUGCCCCCGAGAUGUGAGGGGAAGCUGCAGGAGCCCCAGGGCAGGGCAUGAAGCCACAGGGGACGGGGAGCUAAACCUGGGAACUGAUGACAGCGAGCUGGACGCAGCCUUCGUGGGGAAGAUAUUCCGGCUCUGCAAGCGCCAGUCAUUCUCUCUGUGUUCUCCUCCAGCGAAGAGACCUGCCACAGAACCCCAGACAGAACGGAGGGUUGACGGGGUGGAAGGCAGCAGGGCGGCUGCCUGUGUGAAGAAAUCCGCUCCAAGCCCAGCUGGUGUCAGUGAGGACAGGAGGGAAGCCAUCCCCAGCGGUGUGGCCGGUGGCACUGCCCGCCUGAGUCCGGUGCUUCAUCCCUCCCAUUCCUGUGACCCUGGGGAGUUGUCUGAACGUCUCCAGGUCACUUUGCAAGCUCCCUUCCCAGACAGUUCAUGCAAACCAGCUAAGGAGGCUGAGAAUGGAGAUCCUUUGCAGAGUCAACAGCCAGCAAGUGACAAGGGAGAAUCCCCAGGAACGGAGAAAACGUCCGGUGAUUGUAGCUCAGACCUCUGGAGAACGGGCAACUUCCAAGGCACCGGUUUGCCCCCUGCUGACGAGACGAGCUCCCACGCAGGGCCGUCUUUAGAAACGAGACCCGAGAGCGACAGAAAUAAAACUCUGGCUUGCAGCUUCUGCUCAGAACCGAUCCAGCCGCUUCCUGUCGCUCGUCAGCUCUGGCCUCCCGGAAGCGGUAGCGUGGGAAGCGCAGGCGGGGUGAAGGGCACUGGGGAACAAAUUGCCCCGAUGCUCAGCACAGGCGCCUUUGAAGGGCCUUUGGACCGGUCCCCCGAGGAAGAGAUUCCCGGCUUCUCAGUUUUAUCAGACACGCCUGAGGGCUUGCUGGGUCCUGCUACCGACAUCAAAGGACGCUCGCUUAACCCUCCGGAGGUGGGUCUACAGGCAACCUUGGUUGUGUUUACCAGAACUGACCAAGGAGGCCCCCUCAAAGAAGAAGCCUUAGAGUGCAGCAGCAGCAGCAGCAGCAGUUCUGGGUCAGGGCCUGGAGGCCUAGCUCGGGGCUGCCAAAGACGGGUGCCGAAGUUGUCUUCCUCCAGUGAAGAUGAAGAGUUGCAGUGCUUUCAGGCCCUGGUGUCCGGUCAGGCGACAAGCUCACCCUCACAGCCAGCAAAAGAGGCGGAGGCAUCAGCAGGGAUUCUGGCCCAGCAGAGUAGCAGCCAAAGCAGCCCCCAGGGGGGCUAUUUAAGCGAGGAGUCAGAGGGCUCAAUGGACUUGUUUUCUUCUCACUCCCGAGGCUUUGAAGACUUCGCCAGCAAGCUCUGCGGCACAAGACCCUUCACACCAGCUCCCACUGGCCAAAGAAAGGCGAUGACUCCCAGAUCAGCCACUGAACCCCUGGGCGAAAUCUGCAGAGAUGCCGAACAACUGCUUGAUGGACGCCAGGGCUGUAUAAACGCAGAGCCCAGUUUAGGUGAAGCUUUGGGUUGUGACAGCGAAGUGAGCAACCUGGGGGACUCAUCAGGCUUUUCCUCGAAGAGUGAGAUCCUCACCACACAGCAAAAAGAUGCCCUGCAGAGCAACCUGGAGCGGCUCCAACAGGAGAUAUCUGUCAUUGAGGCAGCCCUGAAGGAGGGGGGCCGGGGGGCCUCUGAAGAAGUGUGGCCGCCGCCAGGUGAGGGAAGCGUCCUUGCUGCAGGACGGGUGGGGCCAGCAAGGGAGCUGCCCCUGCUUCAUCUCUUUAAAUUUCUGGGUGUCAUGAUUAACGAGGACCUGACCUGGGGCGGAGACCCAUCUGCCCACGGGGGUUGCAGUGGAACGGAGUCCUGGUGCUCCAGGCGUCCAGAAUGCGAUCUGGCAAGGGACAGGGACAGGGAGCUUGAUAUUUUAGGGUGUGACAAGUCUGGAUUCCUCAGCAUUUUGCCUUCUGAGGAGAGGACAAAUGCAGAGCAGCAUUUGAGCUGGCUUCCGGCUGAAUUGACAGGAUACAGCAAGGUUGAUGGCACGCAUGUCUUCAGCAAUGCUGUUCAUCCGCCAUUUCUUUGGUCUUCCACGGGGGCGGGGGCCUCCAGAGUCAAAGUUUGCAGCAGAAGUCUCCUCCAGUCGCAUAAUGUGCCCGUGCCACCGGAGCCGUGCUUCCCUCGUUUUCUUUGUUACUGGUGUAAUUUGUCCUACGUCUUCGUUUGCCUCCGAGGCCUUGGAGAGGACAAAAAAAGGUAUGCAAAACAACUGAACAGACCGGACUCCUUUGCUGCCGCCCAGCAGCUUUGGGAGCACCUCCACAAUCCUGUCAAAGGCGGUUCUGUGCGGCUCCACGGCAUGAAUUAUGCCUCCGUGGCCAGUCAGCUUCUGCUGCCAGUGCAGAAAGCGGCCACUACAACCCACAAUAAUCCACUACGUGGAAGAUGCCCUACAGCAAAAUUGCACAAAUCCAGCCCAGAAGAGGGCCAUCUUUCUACCACCAGCACAGGCCGUGGAGCAUUCCAUCUGAAACUCCCCUCCGUUUGUGGUAGAGUUCUUCAAAGGGGUCCUGAGAAGUAG